AGUGGGCCUUCACGUCGUGAAUGGAAACUUGGACAAAAACUAAGCCAUGGGAAAUUAGAAUUGAGAGGAAAUGACGCGAUUUCCACAAGAAUUUAAAAAAGGUCUUAAAAGAUGAUUCUCGAGAACUCGAUUUCAGAUUAUCUGAAAGCAAGUGUCGUAGUAGUAAAAACGGCUAAAAAGGYGUUGUUUAGUUACUAACAAGCAUGAGAGUGGCGAUAUUAGGAGCGGGACCAAGUGGCCUAGCAUCCAUCAAGUCAUGCAUCGAAGAAAACCUUGAGCCAGUCUGCUUCGAGAGAGAGAACUCGAUCGGUGGACUGUGGAAUUUUACUAAAGAUGAAAGGCACAGCUCGGUCUACAGGUCGACUGCGAUCAACACAAGCAAGGAAAUGUCGUGUUUCUCUGACUUCCCAGUCCCAGAAAGGUUCUCAGUUUUUAUGUCACACAACGAGGUGAUGGAAUACUUGCAUCUUUACUCUUCCCAUUUCGAUCUUUUUAAGUACAUCACCUUUAAUACCACAGUUAUAGCAAUAACAAAAGCCGAAGAUUACAGUUUAUCUGGGAAAUGGCAAGUGAAAUACCACACUCAAGGCUUAGACGUUAUAACCAUGAUUUUUGAUGCUGUCAUGGUUUGUACUGGGCACCUUUGGUAUCCUUCCUUACCGAGCUUCCCUGGACUAAAAACAUUUGAAGGAAGACAGCUUCAUAGUCACUCGUUUAAGGACACACAUGGAUUUGAAAACAAGAAGGUCCUGGUAGUAGGAUUUGGAAAUUCCGCCGCAGACAUCGCAACAGAGCUAAGCCACCAAGCCUCGCAAGUAUACCUCAGUACCCGUAGAGGAGGCUGGGUAAUAUCUYGUUUAUCGAGCCGAGGCCUACCAUGGGACUUAUACCAAGAACGAAGGAUCUACCAAAUAUUCCCUACAAAAUUGAUGGAAUCGCUGUUUAUGAAUAUGGCGAACGGAAGAUUUGAUCAUGAAAUUUUUGGUAUUCGCCCGAAGCACGGCAUUUUGAAUGCACCAGCUGUCAUAAGUGAUGAGUUCCCACACCGUGUUGCGAAUGGAACGCUAAAAAUCAAACCAAACGUAUCGCACUUUACACAAAAAGAUGUCGUCUUUGAUGAUGACACUACAGUGGAAGACUUGGAUGCUGUUGUCUUCUGCACGGGAUACAAAAUUGUUUUUGACUUCUUAAGUGAAGAUGUUCUUAGGACUCACGAUAACCAGGUCUCACUGUUCAAAUAUAUUUUUCCUCCAGACCAUCCACAUUCCACAUUAUCAUUUAUCGGUCUAACACAGUCCUCGGGAUCAAUGUUUCCUUUGAUAGAGUUGCAAGCUCGUUUGGUAACGCAGGUGAUUUUAGGCAAGUGUCAUUUGCCAAGUAGAGAUGCCAUGGUCAAAGACAUCCAGGAARAAAGGCGAAAAAUGGARAACACGUUCAUCAAAUCUAAACGAUGCACAAUUCAGGUUUCUAGCAUCGCUUACAAGGAUGAAAUUGCUGAGAUGAUUGGUUGUAAGCCAUCCUUAUGGAAGCUCUUACUAACAGACCCUUUCCUGGCUCUUCUUUGCAUCUUUGGACCCUGCACUCCUUCUCAAUGUCGACUGAACGGUCCAGGAUCCUGGUCUGGGGCCAAACAUGCCAUUAAAAAUUCUUACGCAAAUUUGUAUCCAAAAACAGAAUUUCUCGCACGUAAAGAAAGAUUUAAUUCACGCAGAUAUGUGUCUAGUUUACUGUAAUAAGAGGACAGACAUAAAUAAGGCUGAUGUCUAUUUGUUAACUCGGCGUUCAGAGUUUUGCUUUGAUUUUGCCAGCGAGUAUUUCCAUGACAAGAUCACGGCAGUCGUCAGCACAACCGAAACAAACGGAUAGACCAGAACCACCGUGACCGUAGUUAUGGACAACCUGCAAUAAAACAGUUUUGUUUCAUUUUCUUAA